AUGUUGGAGCUGAAUCCUAACUCCAACUUCAAUUUAGAAACAAGACCAACAAUUUAAAGUAGUUAAUACUAUAGACUGUAACACACAUUAAAUAUUUUGGUAUGCUACUUUAAUAGCAUCAUCAAUAGAAAAAACGCCUCGAAACAGAAGUUGCAUCAUUUUAAUCAAAGUGAUCAACUAUAACUGAUGGGAGGAGGGCCAUGA